GUUCCGAGGCACAGAAGCAUGCUUGGCGUGUUCGCGCUGUUCAGCGUGGUCGGCUUAUCACUGGCUGAUCCUUGGGUGCAGACACCUACGCUUGAAUCGUGCUCUGAUGCCACGGACGUGCAGAUGAGCGACCUCACCAUCACGGACGCAAUCAUCAGGAAGACAGUGAGCGUGAACUUCACACUGACGAUCAACAAAGAACUCGGAGAGGACCCGAAAGUCAUAGUGAGCUUGCGCAGGAAAGACGGCUCAGAGAUUGGUUGUAUCGAAGGGAUCGGUUCGUGCACAUACAAGCUCUGUAAGGGCUCCACCGGCAAGGACAGAAACGUAAAAAGUGUCUCGGACGCUAAGUGUCCAAUUGCAGCAACCAAGAUUCAGAAGUCCAUGCGAGCCCCAUUGGGUUUCAUGAUACAGUUUGCUAUCGGCUCGGUGCCAACGACCCUUACGGUUAGGUUUGAAGUCACCAAUGGCGGAACUACGGUGGGGUGCCAAUCAUUCAAGUUCGAUGUGCGGAAACGUUGAAUCCCGAGCUGCUUAAGGGAAAUACCAACAGGACGAAUAUCCACGUAAAUAAAGAAAUAAAGAUAUACACAGAAAUAAAGAU